AUGAGCACACAACUGGUCGCGAGGGUGCAUUCCAUCGUCUCCACAGUGAGUCGUAAGAUGCGAGUGCUCCCUCGCGAUGUCAUUUGGCCGUGUGUGCUGCUGGCAGGGGAGUAUGCACAGGUGUGUGCCGUUGCGUACCGCACCUUCUUGCACGCCCGCCUGCGUCAGGCGUUACGCACCGUUCUUGGUGUGCCCGUCGGCGCCGUUGUGCUCUACUUGGGCCACGCGUCCUGGGCAUGGUACCCCGAGCCGUCGGCCGCGCUCGACACAAGCUCCGUCGCUGGUCGGCCGCUACCGCGUUCCACCGCCGAGCUCCUCGAUUUUGGCCGUGCGUGCGCCCGCCGUUACCACCAACUGUGCGCGGUGGGGGGAAGUGCCUUAAGCCCUGCUGACCGGAACGCAUUGUUGGGUGAUGUGCUGACGAUUCUGCGCUCCGUCGCGGCGAUUGAAGGAACUUUCGAGGAGAGGUCGCUGGUGACCGCCUCGCUGAGCGUCGCGGACCCGUCACGCGGGGUUGAACAAGGGGCUUCGACAGCAGAGGUGGUCCUGCGCGUCGUGCUGUCCAUUGCACUGGAUCAGGGGUGGUUCGACAUCGUGGAGGAGGCGCGGAAGAAAUUUGGGCUGCUCGUGCGGGAGCACCCUGUGCCACCGCAGGCGAAUGUUACCGGCGCGGUGGCAGAUCUAUGUGCACUCUCAUACGAGCUGGAGCGCUGCACAAGUCCAGAGGAUGUGACGAUGACGCAACGCCAACGUGUGGCGCGGGCUAUUGACGCGUUCCGCCCGGAGCAGUCGGUGAGGGAACGCUGCACCAUAGCUGCGGAGAUUGACGUUCUCCCUCUGGUGGAUCUUGACAAGACGACACGCUGCCUCAUGUUGACGCGUCGCAGUCCUGGACGCCGACCGCAGCUUAUUAUCACGUUUAUUGGCACGAAUAGCGUGCGAAACUGGUGGACAAAUUUCAAGUAUAUUGCAAAGAAGCCCUCUGCAUCAUUUGGCAUGCAGGUGCGUGUGCAUAAAGGCUUCCUGGACUUGUUGGAGUCUAUUGCUUUUGAUGAAGCUGCUAUGAACUUUGAUCAGAUCACUCUUAUCGGGCACAGUUUGGGCGGCGCCCUCGCACAGCUCGCGGGCGUUUACUUGGCGAAUGGACGGGCUGAGCGACGUGUUACGGUGCUGACUGUGGCGUCACCCUGUGUCUUUGUCUCUGGCGAGGGCUUUUGGAGACGCCACAUGCACCGGCUGCUGGGAGGAACCGGUGUGGAGGAGACAGCGAUCACUCUACCAAGCAACUGUCGUCACAUUCGCGCCUUCAUGUGCACUGACGUGGUGCCGCGGCUGCCGCCGUCGUUUCUCGGCUACCGGCACGUCGGGACGCCGCUGCCGCUGCACACUGGGUGCCCCACGCGGAUGUCCUUCAUGGGGUGGGGGCUGUGGUCCGGCCUUUUCCACAGCGCAGACAUGUACAAGGCGGUGCUGGAGCGUCCUGUUGUGGCACAGCUGAACCACUACAAAGAGCCGCCGCCGCCAGAGCCGUCUCCACCUCCUUCGUUUUGA